UGAACAGCGCGAUUACAUUACCGCGUGAUGCGUACUUGCGUGAGUCACGCAGGCAGCGAACGCGUCCGUCGACGAAGCCGAGAGAAGAAAUUUGCUUUCGGUGACGGAUUCCACGGUUUUCCGCGGUGUAGUAAACGUGGAACUUAAAAGACGCGCGGUCCCUAGGAACACAAUAGACGACCACGAAAGAAAACGGAUGACGCGCGGUCCAACGGCGACGGCGGCGGCGGCGACAAGCUCGGGUCCAAGUCCAACGACAGACAGACAGACAGACAACGAGACAACCAGUCACACGGCUGCCUGUUGCGGCGGAGAGGGCCCAAAAGAGAACGGAGAGCGUCGAGAGCCACGAACCGCGCCGGCAGACGUAACGAAACGAGCAGUCGCCAGCUGGUGGCCGGUCUACGUGGAUCGCGUUGCUGCGGUGUGCCGGUUCGUUUCUUGGUUAAGUGCGUACGUCGUGUUCGCGUGUUAGCCACCGGCGUGAUCGACGACAACACACGGACGCCCGCCCGAACCGCCGGGCUGGUUAUAUCGUCGCCGAUAGAAAGAGAGAGAGAGAUAGAAAGAGUGCGCCCGCGACAUGACGAACCGUUUCCAUUAACAAACUUCGCUCUCUCGAACGGCUCGCGGGAGCCCUGAACUGCGCAUCGUGCCACGGGGAGACACACAGAGAGGCGCUCUCCGAAUGAGAGCGUGCCCCCGGCAGGAUGUCGUCCGUGUUUUCGAAGCUGCUCGACAAGACCUCCGCCAAAUACGGCAUCAGGCAAGAGAACGUAUCGCGCGGCGUCGUUAGCCUGGUGACGACGCUCUAUCUGCUCAAGAUCGGCUACCCGUUGGUGGCUUCCGGGAUCAACAAGUACCAACAGAGCCGGAAGAAGAAGCAAGAUGAAAGCGCGACCAAGAAUUCUUCGAGCCGCCGGCGCGGGAAUAAUGCCGUUAACGGCAGAACUACCGUUAGCCCUACCGGCAAGUCCAGCGUCGGGCUGGACCGCGAUUUCUUCAAACAGCUGAUCGCGCUGCUGAAGAUCAUGGUGCCAGGAUGGAGGACGCGCGAGGCUGGCCUGCUCACCUGCGCCACCCUGACGCUGCUCGCGAGGACCUUCCUCUCGGUCUACGUGGCCACGCUGGAGGGACAGAUCGUCAAGAGAAUCGUGCUGAAAGACGUGCAGGGCUUCUUCUUGAUGAUGGCGAGAUGGUUCGCCAUUGCUCUGCCCGCGACCUUCGUCAAUUCGGCCAUUCGAUAUCUGGAGGGUCGGCUCGCACUUUGCUUUAGGGGACGCUUGGUGGAGCAUGCCUACAAAAUGUAUCUGAGUCAACAAACCUACUAUAGAGUAGCAGCAUUAGAUAAUAGACUUGGCGGUGCUGAGCAAAGACUGACAGACGAUUUAUCCGAACUAGCUGGUUCCGUAGCACAUUUGUAUUCGAGCUUAACCAAGCCCUUGCUGGACUGUUCUCUGGUGGUCAUCGCGCUUAUGUCUUUCUCGUCUAAAAUGGGCACCAAGAGAAUGCAAGGUCCGUUGUUGGCGUCCGCAGUGAUAGCUCUGACCGGGCAAAUCCUGCGUCUCGCUUCUCCAAAGUUCGGUCAACUGGUCGCCGAGGAAGCCUCUAGACGUGGACGGCUGAGAGAGGCUCAUGCUCGCAUUAGCGCGCACGCGGAGGAGAUCGCGUUUUACGGUGGACAUUGUACGGAACACCGGUAUCUAACCACCGCGUACAAGUCUCUAGUUUCACAUUUGAGAAGAGUGUUGACGCUGAAACUGUGGUACGUGAUGCUGGAACAGUUCCUCAUGAAAUACGUGUGGUCCGGCACCGGGCUUCUAGUUAUCGCCUUGCCCGUCCUUUACACUGCGGUCACUGCUAAACCUUCGUCCAUGGCCGAAGACGGCGACGGCGCAGUAAGCGAAAGGACUAGAUACUUGACAACGUCAAAAAAUCUCUUGAGUUCUGGAGCAGACGCUGUGGAAAGACUUAUGUCUUCCUAUAAAGAAUUAGUUGCACUGGCAGGUUACGCGGCAAGGGUCAGUGAGAUGUUAGACGUAUUUAAAGACGCCGCGUUAUGUAAAUAUAGAAGAAAUAUUGUUAAUAGUCCUACGAAAAUAGCGAACGGAAACGCGAACAACUCGAUAGAGAGAAUAAUCGAACUCCAGGAUGGAGCACCGGUGAUAAAAGGAAUCGUGCAAGAAAGUACAGAUGGCAGUAUAUGCUUAAUCGACGUGCCGAUAGUAACACCGAAUUGUGAAGUUAUCGUGCCGAAGCUAUCGAUUCAUAUAAAGCCCGGCGACAAUAUACUGAUCACUGGGCCCAACGGUUGCGGAAAGAGCUCGCUGUACCGCAUAAUUUCUGGCCUGUGGCCAGUUUACGGUGGCACCUUGAUCAGGCCGCCGGAGAAUUACUGCGGAAGGCCGGCAUUGUUUUAUAUCCCCCAGAAACCUUACAUGACGGUGGGUUGUCUGCGAGAUCAAAUCAUCUACCCUGCGGAGUCUCUGACGGAGGAAUGCACCGACCAAGAGCUCCUGCAGCUGCUGGAGGAGGUCGAUCUUCGGGGUCUCGUCGAACGAGAGUCCGAGGGACUGGACGCCAUGGGCGACUGGGACUCGACUCUGUCCGGCGGCGAGAAGCAGAGGCUAGCUAUGACCAGGUUGUUCUAUCAUGCGCCGCAAUAUGCGCUUCUAGACGAGUGCACCAGUGCGGUCAGCCUCGAGGCUGAAGGAGUCAUCUACGAAACCGCCAAAAAGAAAGGCAUCACGCUGCUAACGAUUACCCAUCGCGUGGCCUCGCUGGCGAAAUACCACAAACUCCUGUUACGCUUCGACGGGGAAGGAGGUUGGGCUUUUGGUCCACUGGACGUGGAAAAUGCAACGCUUCUAAUUAAUCAGACCCCCGAGCAGAAUGAGUCGCACGACGUGAAAGGAGGCCACUAUCAGAUGUUACAGGGGCUCCGUGUUGCACAUCCGGAGGAACCAAGAGUUGGGAUCAGUUAGACAAGAGAUGUUAGGAGGUGUUUUUAGUAAAUUUAUGUAGAAAUCAACACACACACAAAUUGUAAAUAAUUUUCUGAAAAGUGUAUUUUGUACAGAGGUUUACAGCAUAGUCUAGUUGAAUACUCUAUUUUUAUAUGCGGAGAGCACAUGCUAUUUAAUGAUACAUAGAGAAAUAAAUGUUGUGUGAACUUGUACGCACGUUAUUUUUCUUUUAUAUUAGCGAAGACGUGCGCACCGAACGGAACACGCGUCGAGUCUUCGAAAUUUAAUUGUGAUAUGUACAAUCAUAUUGCUUUAAUGAAAAAAAAACUGUUUUUAUGUUUACUAGAAUUACCGAAUGAUCUUCAAUAAACGCGCGAGAUUGUAGCGAAUUGUCCCGUGUAGAAUGGAAACACCUAUUAUAAACAAUAAACUAAUUUCGUAAAUGCAAUGAAA